AUGGCUAGUAUUGCUUGGAGAAUGGAGCCAGAUUAUGUUAAGCGCUUCUACAAGGAAUUGGAGAAGAAAACAAAAGCUGCUCUUAAGAAAACGAAACCAUUCUAUUUUACUAGUGACAAAAAGAAAAAAAAAUCUAAAGUUCAAAAAGUCAAUAAUACUGUGCAUGUUCCGCAAUUAGACAUUCUGCAAAAAAAUGCUCAUGAUAACUAUAGCCUGUAUAUGAGCAUGUCUGAUUCAGAUUUUGUCAAUUGCAUUCCUGAUGAUUUAGCACUAACCUAUAAAGCAUUAAUGAAUUCUAUACCUUAUUAA